AUGGUGACGGGAAGGCAUGUUCGUCAGUGGCCUGAAGGGGGUCCCGGACCAGCGCUUCCACCUAACAAUUUUCAACCAGGAGGCGGUUUUCAACCUGGCGGCGGUCCUGGUCCUGUGAUUCCACCGAAUAAUUUUGAACCUGGCGGCGGACCAGGUCCCGUGAUUCCACCGAACAAUUUUCAACCAGGAGGAGGCUUUCAACCUGGUGGCGGUCCUGGUCCCGUGAUUCCACCGAACAAUUUUCAACCAGGAGGCGGUUUUCAACCUGGCGGCGGUCCUGGUCCUGUGAUUCCACCGAACAAUUUCCAACCUGGCGGCGGACCUGGUCCCGUGAUUCAACCGAACAAUUUUCCACCUGGCGGCGGACCAGGUCCCGUGAUUCCACCGAACAGUUUUCAACCAAGAGGAGGUUUUCAACCUGGCGGCGGACCUGGUCCCGUGAUUCAACCGAACAAUUUUCCACCUGAAGGAGGUCCUGGUCCGGCGCUUCCUCCGCAGGGCAUCCAACCGUUCGGAGGUGAAGGCAUGCCAUUUGGCCAAGGACCCGGUCCGGCCUUGCCACAAGGACAACCUGUUGAAGGAGGCCCAGGUCCAGUUGUCGGUGGAUUCUAA